AUGUUUAUAUGUCGUCAUCUUCUGGAAGGAAUGUUCCAAAAGAUCGAUGAUCCUGAAAAUAAUAUUUCACUUGUAUUAGAACCACAACAUUUUCAUUCGACUGACAAGCGUUGUUUCUUUGAGGGUGAUUUCAAUAGGCAUGGUUCCGUACAUCAGAAAGAUAACCCGGGUGACGGUAACUUUUACUGGGGAAACCAUCGUGUGAAGGGAAUGGCUGUUGAUCUGUUCGCCGAGCUUGGCAACUGGCUUGCAAACGUUUCGUCACCAUACGAGGAGACAUCAUCAGUGCGCAGUUGGGUGGGAAUCCAUUAG